AAUCUUGGUGUAUAUAUAUAUAUAUAUAUAUAUAGAGAGAGAGAGAGAGAGAGAGAGAGAGGAUGUUAAAAGGGAGAGCAUUGGUAAAAGACACAGACAUGGAAGAGGAGAUGCAGUUGCGAGCCAUGUCAUCAGCCUCUGAAGCUCUAGACCUCUUUGAUGUCUUUGACCAUAGAAGCAUUGCCUCCCAUAUCAAGAAGGAAUUUGACAUGAUGUAUGGAGGAGGUUGGAUGUGUGUUGUGGGAUCAAGCUUUGGCAGCUACUUCACACACUCAAAGGGGACAUUCAUUUAUUAUUCCUUGGGGUCUCUCAAAUUCCUCAUCUUCAGAGCAUCUUCAACAUAAUUAGCCAAAGCAAAAAAAAAAAUUGCCAAGGCUGGCUCAAUGACUCUCUUUUUUUUUACCUCCCAAAAUUUUCCUUAUUUUUUUAAUGUCAGUUUUGGUUUGAUUUCCAAGGGGGCACAUCUCAAAACUUAGGACUCUCUUUGCAAAUAAAAGCGGAAAAGGAGCUGUAAUUCCCUUGUAUGCACUUGACACUUUUGAAUGAUUUGAUUUUUCUCAGUCUUCAUAUUCCAUUGUCAUUGACCAUAUUUGUUCUGAUAAUACUAUGAUAAA